AUGUCCUCUAUCGGUGGCUUCAAGCGCCGUGCGCCCAAGUCGCUAAAAACACGCCGUGCUUUGAAGAAAUAUGACCCGAAGGUUGUGGAGAACCCGAAGAAGAUUCUAUUUUUAAGGGGGACGAAGACGAGCAGCGUUGUUAACGAUGCAAUUGUCGACCUCACAGCCGUGACGAAGCCGUAUAACAAGCGUUUACAGAAACGUAACGCUUUUUAUCCCUUCGAUGGACGCGAGCACCUGGAGUUCCUCGGUUUUAAGAACGACUGCUCAUUGUUUUGUUUUGGUAACGACAGCAAAAAGCGACCUCACAACCUCGUAAUCGGUCGCCAUUUCGAUUUCCACAUUCUUGACAUGUUAGAGCUGGGCAUCAUCGCUGCGGACAGAAUGGAAAUGCCGCGGGACGAAGCGAUUGAUCUCGCGUCACUAGGCGGAAAACCCUUUUUUGUGUUCGAAGGAAGUGAAUUUGUGUCUGACCCCACAUUCGUACGACUGAAGAACCUCCUCAUUGAUUUUUUUCGCGGUAGCAGUGAAACGGAAAUAAACCUGGAUGGAUAUGACCGCGUGUUGUCCUUUUCUCUGAGGUCGGCCAAUGGUGGGGACGUUUGUGUGCCGCCGGCGACAGAUUGUUAUGGCACUGGGAAGCAACAACAGGAAAAGGGGAACACUAUUUUGUGCAUGCGGCACUAUGCACUGCACAAACCGUCCACAGCUGCUGGGAUUCCGAGGAACUUUGGCGCAAAUAUCCGACUGUUAGACAUUGGACCAAAUUUCGAUUUUAUUCUCCGCCGCGCAUCCUUUGCUACACCCGCAGAAUUCAAGGUCUCAACCAAACUACCCAAGGAGGUUUUGGCCACAUUACGUUCCACGGCGGCUAACGUAAGCGCAGAUCCACUAAAUAACCUCCGAGGACAACUACACGUUGGUAAACAGGACGUCCAGCAGCUCAAUCUUCGGCGGUUUAAAGCACAUAAAAGGUCAGCUCGCUCUGCAACUGAAGGAGAGAAUGAUACGCAGCAGAGGGAAGAAGCGGAGGGUGAACCGAUGGUAAAACGUCACCGGCGUAGGCGAGGCAAUGAAAAUGAGGAUGACAUAAACCCCGAUAGGGAUAUUUGA